GUGCAGCAUGCCAUGGAGAUCUUACAGAGAAGCUGAAGCUGCUGUAUAAAAUGCAUGUUUUGCCUGAUCCAUCCCCUGAGCAAGAAGAGCCAGACUCUGCUUUUGAAGCUACUCAAUACUUUUUUGAAGACAUCACACCAGAAUGUACACACGUUGUUGGCCUAGACAGCAGGAGCAAACAAGGAGUAGAUGACGGGUUUGUUACAGUGAGUCUGAAAACAGACAAAGGCAAGAAGAGCUCACAAGAGAAUCGAAAUUAUCUGAGAAUGUGGAGCCAAGAGAGUAAAUCCAAAGCAAAACAUGCAAAGGACUUGCCCAAACUGAAUCAGGGACAGUUCAUUGAACUGUGCAAGACCAUGUACAAUAUGUUCAGUGAGGACCCCAAUGAACAAGAUCUGUACCACGCUACCGCUGCGGUGACAAGCUUGCUUUUGGAGAUAGGCGAGGUCGGUAAGCUCUUCAGUGUGCAGCCCACGAAAGAGACAGACAGCAGCAGUACCAACUGCAGCAAAACGGUUCAGAGCGAGCUGUUUCAGAAGAAGGAGCACCAGCAGUACCCCCUCGAGCAGCACAAGCCGUUCCAAAGCAGCCUCGUCAGCAACAGCGAGGAGGCCGUUUGUACCGACGGCACCCUGGGCAUGCAGAUGGAAGACAUUAAGCUCGAAGACUCUUCUCCCAGGGACAACGGAGCCUGUUCUUCCAUGCUCAUUUCCGAUGAUGAUACGAAAGAUGAUAGUUCGAUGUCCUCCUACUCAGUACUGAGUGCAGGUUCGCAUGAAGAAGAAAAACUGCACUGCGAGGACAUCGGUGAAGACACCGUUUUGGUACGGAGCAACCACACCGCUUCUCUUCGUAGAAGCACGAGCAUUGACAGAGACUGGGCCAUUACCUUUGAACAAUUUUUAGCCUCCCUUUUGACUGAGCCAGCGCUGGUUAGGUACUUUGACAAGCCUGUGUCCAUGAUGGCUAGGAUUACUAACGCUAAAAACGUAAGGAUGAUGGGUAAACCAAUCACCUCAGCCAGUGACUAUGAAAUCUCUACUAUGUCGGGAUAA